AUGGAGCGCAACCUGCGCCUCGGCUUCGCGCUGCUCUGUCUGGGCUUCAUCACAGGAUGCAUCAGCAUUCUGCUGCUGUUUGACCCACUGUUCUUCAACGUGUCGAAUGUUUUCAUGGUGUCGGGGUUGUACUUCAUACUAGGAACCAGCAAAUUCAUCACAUUCUUCACCAGUUCAUACAGAGCCAAGGGAAGCGCAAUCUACUUCAUCGGGAUAUUUGUGGCGUUGAUAGGAUGGACGAAAAUUGGCUUUAUUCUGGAGACGUACGGGCUCUACGUCCUGUUCGGCGCUUUCCUGCCGAACGUUAUAUCGUACAUUAGGGUCACACCCUUCAGCUUUGUCCUCGACCUCCCUGUCGUAAAGAACGUCGUAGCGUAUGUACAGGAACCGUCAUCAUUGCCGCUUUGA